CUCGAUCACCUGUCCCUUUCCUACAACGGUGGCAAGGAUUGUCUCGCCCUGCUCAUUCUGAUACUCGCCUGCUUACCCGAUCUCGAGAGCCUCCCGCGAAACGGCUCGUCUGACGCGCCCGCGGCACCACCGAGCACACUACAUUCCAUAUACAUCGUGUCGAAAGACCCGUUUGCCGAAGUCGAAGAUUUUGUCGUGCGGUCCACAGAGCAAUACCAUCUCGACUUGCGACGAUAUGCGCUGCCGAUGCGAGAAGCGCUCGAUGCCUACCUAGAGGACCGUCCAGAAGUCAAGGCAAUAUUCAUGGGAACCAGGAGAACAGAUCCGCAUAGUGAUACGCUAGGUCACUUCAGUCCGACAGACAAAGGGUGGCCGCAGUUCAUGCGGGUGAAUCCCGUCAUAGACUGGCACUAUGCGGACAUAUGGGCGUUCAUCCGACAUCUCAAAAUACCGUACUGCGUAUUAUACGAUAGAGGCUUUACAUCCCUGGGCGGCACAUCAGAUACACUACCGAACCCAGCCUUGGCCAUUGACGUUUCAGCUAACCUAUACCGGCCAGCGUACGAGCUCGUACGCGAUGAAGAAGAACGUAAAGGACGGGUAAAGAAAUAG